UUUGCUUUUGAGGCCAUGGAAAUGGCAGCUUCUGCUCGAACCGUUGAGGAAAUCGUCAAAGAUUACUCGGCUCGAAGAUCCGCCGUCCUUCGUGCUUUGAUUUUUGAUGUGGAUCAAUUUUAUGGACUCUGCGAUCCAGAAAAAGAAAAUUUAUGUCUAUAUGGACAUCCGAAUGAAAGCUGGGAAGUUACUCUUCCAGCGGAGGAAGUUCCACCCGAGCUGCCUGAACCAGCACUUGGUAUCAAUUUUGCUAGGGAUGGAAUGAACCGAAAAGACUGGUUGUCCUUGGUUGCAGUGCAUAGUGAUUCGUGGUUGAUUUCUGUGGCUUUCUAUCUUGCUGCUCGUCUUAACCGACACGAAAGGAAAAGCCUAUUUCGCAUGAUUAACGAUCUGCCCACGGUUUUUGAGGAAGUAAGUGAAAGGAAGCCUGUUAAAGACAAACCAAGUAUUGAAAGUGGGAGCAAAUCUCAGGGCACCACAAAGAGAUCAAGCGAUGGACAAGUGAAAAGCAAUCCCAAGACUGCUGAUGUUGAUUACGAGGACAAUGGAGACGAGAACGGUGAAACACAAUGCAGCUGCCGCAGCGGAAACUACAACGCGUGUGAGUUUUGGAUCGGGUGCGACGUUUGCGAGAGGUGGUUCCAUGGAAAAUGUGUUAAGAUAACACCUGCUAAAGCCGAGAACAUUGAGCAGUACAAAUGCCCGUCUUGCAGGUAGUGAUAGUGAAAAUGGUAAGAACAGGAUAUGAUCCAAUCUCAAUGACUGACA